AUGGAACGAAUCAUCGGCGGCAAGUACAAGCUCGGACGGAAGAUCGGCGGUGGCUCCUUCGGAGAGAUUUUUCUCGCUACACAUGUCGAUACCUUCGAGAUCGUAGCUGUGAAGAUCGAGAACAGUAAAACGAAGCAUCCGCAGCUUCUCUACGAAGCCAAGCUAUACAGAGUUCUUGAAGGAGGAAGUGGGAUUCCGCGUAUAAGAUGGUUUGGAGUGGAUGGAACAGAAAACGCAUUGGUGAUGGAUUUGCUAGGGCCAAGUCUCGAAGAUCUUUUCGUGUAUUGCGGAAGAAAAUUAUCACUGAAGACAGUCUUGCUUUUGGCUGAUCAAAUGCUGACGAGAAUUGAAUAUGUACACUCCAAAGGAUAUCUGCAUAGAGAUAUCAAACCUGAUAACUUUCUCAUGGGACUCGGCCGGAAAGCGAAUCAGGUUUAUAUAAUCGACUUUGGACUUGCCAAGAGAUAUCGUGACGCCAACACCAACCGCCACAUCCCUUACAGGGAAAAGAAGAAUUUAACAGGAACUGCACGGUAUGCAAGUUGCAAUACACAUCUUGGAAUUGAGCAAAGUCGACGGGAUGAUCUUGAAUCGCUUGGAUAUGUGCUUCUGUAUUUCCUAAGAGGAAGUCUUCCAUGGCAGGGUCUAAAGGCUGUUGACAAGAAGGAAAAAUAUGAUAAAAUUUGUGAGAAGAAGAUAUCAACUCCCAUUGAGGUUCUUUGCAAAAAUCACCCUGUGGAGUUUGCUUCAUAUUUUCAUUAUUGCCACACGCUGACAUUUGAUCAGCGGCCUGAUUACGGAUUCUUGAAGCGGCUUUUCCGUGAUUUAUUCUCACGGGAAGGAUAUGAGUUCGACUAUAUAUUUGACUGGACUAUAAUAAAGUAUCAACAAGCACAGAAAAACAGAAAUCAGUCUCAGGCAGUUCCUGGGUCUAGCAACCCCCGUGCAAUCCCAAUGGACACGAGCAAUCAUCGAGGGAAAGCCAAUAUUUCAAAUGACGCCGUGGUCUCUGAGCGUGUCAGAUCGGCUAAUGCCAUUGGUCCAGGCCCACAAUUAAAUAGUAAUCCAGCUACAGGGAGGAAUCUUGCUUUUGAUCCGUUCCACAAGAAUCUGAACAUGCCAGCCACUUCAUUAGCUCCUGGGGCAGGUACCUCAAGAAGAAACCCGGAAACCUCAAAUUCUGGGUAUGACAAUGGGAACAGAACCACCGGUGGUUGGACUCCAUCAUACAUGUCUCCGGGGAAAUGA